AUGUCAACUCAGUUAGCCGCUUUAAAUUAGGACAAUAAAACUUAGGCUGAGUACGAGUACAAGCAAACUCCAAAUGCCGAGGAUACCCAAUACAGCAAUGAAGACCAAAAUAAGUUUCCUUCUCCUGUGUUAAUAGCAAUGAGUGCCCUCACUGAAAAUCUUGACCAACACAAGGAGAUGUUUCAGCAUGAUUUCAUCAGAGAAGAUACCUUCGACCUAGGCAUACAAUGUGGAAAGCUAAACAGUCAAUACAUAAGUGGUGGAACCAACAAGGCAAGUGAUUAGCUUUCAUCUCAAGAUACAAGCAGCGAAUCACACAAUAAUGAAGACCUAGAGUAAUAGUAAGCUACAAAAAGUAAAAGCCAAUACAAUUAAUAAGUGUAAAAGACUCAAAACAUUGAAGAAAUAUACUGCAAUGGAUAAAUUGAAAAAAUUGGAUAUUAUCGUCUGCUCCAAAUAAAAAAUAAUCUCCAAAGCAUGAUGAAGUUUAAUUUUCCAGAACAAACCUUCCAAUUAGUUGAAAAUUCGAAUCCUUUAGAUAGAAAUUUUUUCAAAAAUUAGAUUCUGAAUACUUUAAUGCAUUUAAACGAGAAAGUUCCUCCCAGAGUAAUUGAAAAGAGUAAGCCAAUUAUUUGUUGCCAAAAGCUACUUGCCUCUAUAAGAAUUUAUGGACUUUCUUGCAUUAUGUCAUCCCUAAUUUCUCUAGUUCUGAUGGCAUCUAAUUUUUUAUGCUAUAAAGCCUAACCUGGAUUCUCUUUGCUCUUUAUUCUAGCUUCUAUCGUCUCGGUUUCUACUAUCCUUAGUUAUUAUUUUUUCUUCAGACAACUUACUAUGUUUAACCAUAAAAACUUCUUGCAAUGGACUCUUUUCUUUGCAGGAAUCUCCGCAGCAUAUUUAUUUAUCUUUAUCUCCGGUUUUGUUGUAGGCAACAAGUAAGGAGUUCAGUUCACAUCCAUUCUUCUCUGUCUAACUCAUUUACUGUUCUCUUUUCUUACCAAAGAGAUCCUAUAUAAAUUUAUUAGAUUUUUAGUCUUGCUCAGAGUAAUCCCUGAAACUGAACUCUAAAUAAGAUUCUCGUAUUUCUACUGA